UUCGCCUGUGAUUUGACUGAUAAGAAAAUGUCCGAUAAAAAUAUUUGGGUCGCAGCAGCUGAUGGAGACAUACAACGCGUUACGGAACUUUUAAUAAGCGGAGUAUCCCCAAAUUCUAAAGAUACUAAUGGAUACACACCAUUAACGGCAGCUACAUCAUAUAAUCAUAUAGAAUUAAUUGAAUUCCUAAUAUCGCAAGGAGCUGAUGUGAAUAUUCGUGAUAAUGAUGGAGAUACUCCUUUAUUCGUCGCAGAAAAUAUAAAGGUAGCUCAAAUAUUACUUGAUCACGAUGCAGAUCCAUUCAUUAGAAAUUCGGAAGGAAAGACUCCUGCGCAAGUGGCUUAUGAGGAAGGAUGGCUGGAUGUAGCCGAACUGUAUCGUUCUAAAACUGGAGAACCGAUACCAGAUUCGAAUUCUUCGUAG